AUGGCGUUUUUUGCACCAAAUUUCAUAUGGAAUAUACUCUACAAACAAACUGCGGUACAACCAAGAGGAAUCGUAAAAGAGGCACAAAAAUGUGUUCGUCUUUGCGGUGUUCAGCGUGAAUCCGAAGUUCACAAUUUAGCUGAAUAUAUUUGCGAUACCGUGUCGACGUUUACACCGCGCGGUGCAUUCGAAAAACGGGAGUUUUAUCGUUCGGGUAGAAAUUUGGCCAUCUUAUAUUUAAUAACGAAGCUUCUCUAUGUUGUUAAUAUUUUGGGUCAACUGUAUAUGAUGAAUCACUUUUUGGGUGGUCAUUAUUUGUACUGGGGAUAUGAGACUAUGUUGGAUGUUGCGAUUGGCAAAGAGUGGUCUGAAUCACCGAUAUUUCCACGUGUUAUUAUGUGCGAUUUUCAAGUUCGCCGACUGGGCAAUUUGCAACGUCAUACGGUACAGUGUGUUAUAAUGAUGAAUAUGAUCAACGAAAAGCUGUACCUCUUUUUGUGGUUUUGGUUUAUUUUCGUUGGCAUUUGCACGCUGCUGAAUUUCUUCUAUUACCUCUUCGUUAUGGGUAUUCCACGAUUACGCGCUCAACUUGUUUUGUGGAAUGUUAAUAAGCAAGAAAUGAAGUUGGCCGGAAUGUCGAGUAAGGAUCUGAAUCGCUUUGUCAACGAUUUCCUGCAUGUGGAUGGCGUUUUAUUGCUGAAAUUUGUUAACGAACACGUCAGUGGACGAAUCGCCCGUGAACUGGUUCACGAUCUUAUUCGUAUUUAUGCUCGACAGGUUUGCGUUCAGCAUUUGUUAAUUCAUUCACAACAAACUUCAUAUACCCAAUAUACGUACCCACUUGUUCUGAUAAACUAUACGGGCUGUAGCUUCUUUUCAACACUUCAAAAUCUUCACUCAUUACAUCGCACAUUUAUCAAUGAGAGCUAUUCACCGCGCAAGAACAAUAAAGCAGCACUUCAUCCUUUGCCAAGACAGCUUUGCACUCCGACACAACCGUACGAAUCAGCACCGAUGCUAGAGGAUUACAUUGAUGGUCAGAAUACUUUACCAAUAGGAGCGAUGGCACGAGCUCGAGCUAAUCAACGUGUGCCGUUCAAUGAAAACGCUUAUGCACCACCUUCUGGAGCACCACGUCAAACAACUCCAACUGAAGUUUAG